AUUAUUUUUUGUAUACAGAUAUGAGACGAGGUAUGCGAGGUGCAUCUUCUUCUAGACAGCAGGUUAAUCCAGAGGGAGAACCACAGAGGUCAUUUCGUCGUCUUAUUCGGGGGCCUCGUAGGGCUGUUUUUACACAGCAGCUACUGCCUAGCUUGAGCCAGCCUCCCGCACAGCAACAGAUUUCCAGUUUGACUCAGUUUCCCACAGAGCUGCAACAGGAGCAGCCCACUGUUACUCAGCCACCAUUGGCCGAUGACCAGUUCACUGGUGAUGAUGCAACAAUGGAGGAGGACACUGAAAAGCGUAAUUUGGAGGCUGAGUAUGCUGUGCUUGAUCCUGAGUUAGAUGCUCAGUUGGAGGAGGAGCUAUCACGUGCUGUCCCGAAGACAGGACGUGGCAUGGAUAAAGGAGAUAACGCUCCUACAGACCCGAGUCAAAGGAAGGUGUUUAGCCUUAAUCGCUGAGGCACAUUCAGCCAUGAGAGGUUUGGGAGGACUGCCACAGUAAUUUGGAAGUACUUGUAUGAUCAGCCAGUGCUUUUCUGGUCUAGCUGGCCUGAGGAAAAGAAGAGGGUUGCUUGGGAGAAUUUUCAGGUAUGAAAAUUAUAGAAUAAAAUGAAGUAUUUUUU